GAUCGCUGCAUCGAUAACAACCAAGCCGACGACCGGGGCUGGACUUGACCUUCCGCCAUGGCUGCACAACUCGACUUCGACGUGCUGAUUAUUGGCGCUGGAUUGAGUGGAAUCUACUCCCUGUACCGGAUGCGGGAGCUUGGAUUGAAAGCGAGAGUCCUCGAGACUGGCACAGGCGAAGGAGGAACAUGGUAUUGGAAUCGCUAUCCCGGUGCCCGCUUCGAUUCCGAGAGUUACUCGUACAAUUACUCCUUCUCACAGGAGGUCCUGGACGAAUGGAGCUGGACGGAGCAUUUUGCCCCUCAACCGGAGACGUUGCGUUAUAUUCAGUUCGUGACUGACAAGUUCGACUUGCGACGAGACAUGCAAUUCAAUACCGAAGUCAAGUCGGCACAUUACCACGACGCCAGUCGAUCAUGGGAAUUGACGGACGACAAGGGCAACCGAUAUAACUCGAGGUUUCUUAUCACUGCAAUGGGUCUGUUGAACAAGCCCACUCUCCCAAACAUUCCUGGGCUCGACGACUUUAAGGGCCAAGCUUUCCACACAGCCCGGUGGCCAAGGGAACCCGUCAAUCUUCAAGGUAAACGGGUGGGGAUAAUAGGCACUGGAGCCACGGGGAUACAGAUCAUCCAGGAGAUUGUGAAAACCGUUGGUCACUUGACCGUGUUUCAACGAACAGCGAACUGGUCGGCGCCUUUGCGCAACGCCAAAAUCAGCCCCGAGGAGAUGGAUGAAAUCCGUAAGCAAUAUCCCGAGAUAUUCAAGAAGUGCAAAGAAUCAGCCACCUGCUUUGUCCAUCCAGCAGAACCCAGGAAGUCGGUUGACAUCUCCGAAGCGGAAAGAAUCGCACAUUGGGAGGACAUAUACUCGCGACCAGGGUUUGCUAAAUGGGUCAGCAACUUUCCGGACGUGGCAUACGAUCGACAGGCAAAUGCUGCUUGCAGUGAGUUCUUCGCGAAUAAAAUCAGAGAAAGGGUCAAAGACCCCGUGACGGCAGAGAAGCUCAUUCCUAAAGACCACGGCUGGGGGACGCGGCGGAUACCCAUGGAGACCCAUUAUUUCGAGGCGUACAACCAAGAUAAUGUCCGACUGGUCGACAUCCGAGAGGACCCAAUCGAGCGGGUGACGGAGAAAGGGGUCAAGACUCGCAGCGAAGAAUUCGAGCUGGACAUCCUGAUAUACGCUACCGGCUUUGACGCAGUGACGGGAUGUUUUACGGCGGUCGACUUUCAGGGAGUUGAUAGCAAGAAAUUGAACGACGUCUGGAGCGAAGGCCCUCGCACACAACUGGGUCUCUUCGUCCGUGGGUUUCCCAAUAUGAUGAUGGUCAUGGGACCCCAUCAGAUGUUUGGCAAUAUUCCUCGAAGUAUCGAAUUUGCGGUCGGUUGGAUUGCCGACUGUAUUCGCUAUUGCCGUGACAACAACAUUACGCGGAUUGAAGCCACCGAAAAGGGAGUGCAAGACUGGACCGACCACGUCCACAAAUGCUCCGAGGGCCUUUUGACAAACGAGGUCGACUCGUGGAUGACAGGCAUAAAUAAGAACCUUGCUCAUAAGCAGAAGAGGACCAUUGCGCGAUAUAUGGGACCUGCUCCCGGUUAUAGGAAGAGGUGUGACGACGUUGCAGCUGGGAAAUACUCGGACUUGGAACUGGCCUGAGGACCUCGACAGGCGUAGAGAUAAUAAAGCACCGAACCUUGUGCUAAGCUUGCUGCGACCUGAAUAAGACACCUCAUUUCUCAGCCACUGUAGAAAGCUCCCAGGCUUGAACCGAACAGAAUACAGGAGACCGGAAGGCAAUGAAUUGGUGAAGACAGGAAUGAGGGGGAAAUGGGAUACAACGGCCCUGUGAGCUAUGAAGCACAGCCUUGUUAGGUUAUCGUAG